ACCAGUGAGGGAGGGUGUGUGUGUGUGCUAGUCCUGAUGGAGUGCUAAAAAUUUGGAUUUACAUAUUUAUUUUUGACUGGAUUUUUGGAAGAGGAUGGGUUGUGGACAGCACUCUGGACGAUGUUUCCUGCUAACACUCUGUAUCCUUCAAAUUAUCUCUACGGCAGAGCGGCAGGUGUUCGACUUCCUGGGUUACAUGUGGCUCCCCAUCAUUGCCAACUUCUUCAAUUUCAUCUUUGUGAUAUUCGGCUUUUUCGGCGCUUACCAGUACAAAACAAAAUAUAUUAUCAUUUACCUGGUGUGGCAGCUGAUGUGGGUGGGAUGGAAUGUAUUCGUCAUCUGUUUUUAUUUGAACAUUGGCAUUCUUGAUAACAGUAAAGACUGGCUCAACUUUGGAACUGGCAGUGCUUCUUGGUGGGAGGUGAAUGGAUUUGGAUGUCAAGCAGUGUAUACCACUAAUCUUACAAAUUUAGAUCCUCUACGUCCAAUGCGACCCUUAGAGGUGAAUAAUUGUCUUGUUGAUUAUAUCUACGUGGAAACAAUUCAUGCUGGUAUCCAGUGUGCUUUUGCGGUGUUUGGAUUGUGUGUGUCCAUCUACCUUAUAAAGGUCUUCUCAGAGGAAGAUGAUAGCUGCAAUGCUAAGAGUAGACCAACUUCUAUAUACUCUGUUGAAUACAGCCCUCAACGCGAGGGUAGCGAGUCUCCAGAUUUAGGUCUUGAUAGCCCCUACCAACAGCCCAUGACACCUCGGCGAGUGAAGCGUCAGAGUCGGCACCGAGCUUCUGGUCGUUCACAGACUCGUAGUACUCAGGGACGGUCAUCACAACGAUCCAGAAGACAUCAAUACCUUAAUCCUGUCAACAGACUUAUGGAAAAGGCAAAUGAGUCAUCAACUAGUACUGACUCUUACCAUCCUACCAGCGGAAAUAGACCUCCAAAUGGAAGUCGACAAGGACACACUAAUCCCAUGUAUGUCCACUCCAGACCUAACUCAACAUAUUCUAUGAAUAGCUCUCCCCCUGGGCAUGACCCUAUAGAGCGACCUCCCUCUGUUCAUUCUUCAUAUUCUAACUACCAUGGCCAGCGGCCAUCGAUUAACCCAAACCCCUUUGGCCGAGCACCUAUCCAGGCCAUCACUGCAGGUAUGAUGGGUGGAACUCAUCAACGACGGUCAAUGAUGCACACUAAUGGUCAUACAAACACUCAUAUUCCUGUAGGGCCAACAAGCACUAUAGGGUCUGUCCGUAGUUCUGUGUACAGCAGUAGUGGCACUUUAAAGGCUGAGAGGGAGCGACCACCACCAUAUAUGUUUGGUGUAAAUUCUGAAACAGUUAUAUGACAAGAUAAGGAAGAACAUCAGUGAAUCAAGUAAGCUGUCUGCUGUGAAACACUUCUCUUAGGUAAUAGCUUAACUCGUGUCCUUGGCCCAGAUUUUAAACAAAACUUGCAUAAUAACUAGAGAUUUGCAGUUUACUUUUUACCUCUUUCAUCACAGUACUGCAUUUUGAAGUGGCUGCAGUCUCUAAUCUGUUAUUAAUUCAAGAUUUACAAAUUUGGGUCUUUGUCUGUGAUCUUCCAAAGAUUUUUGUGUACUUUAAAUACAGUCUUGUAUUUUUUAUCUAACAUUUGCUCACCUGCAUAUCUUAUAAAUUUUAAUUUGUGAUCAUGUUGCACAAAUAUUUUAUUAUUUCACAGAAGAUAACCAAAUGCCUUUAAUAAUUAGGACAGUGUUUGUUUAGUGUAGUUGUAAUUGUUAAAUAACUUAGUAUUCAGCAGCCACUGCCGUUCUUGUCACUGCCUACUAUACAAGACAAGUAUUUUGUACUAAAUACACUUAAUUAUUUAUAGAUAUUUUUAAGCAUGUUUGAUUUUAAUCAAGCUCAUAUAGGCAAAAUAUUGGCAAAAUUUUAAUGGGAGAUGAUGCAGUAAUCACGUUUAUUGCCACAGUUAAUAAUUCCUGCCAGACUUAAGCCUUAAAGAUGCUUUACCUUGUUGCAUCAACAUUUGAAGCCAAAUUCUUCACUAGAUAGACUAAGAUUAUUUUAGUGUGUAAUUAAAGCACAUACUGUUUAUACUUAAAACUGCUCAUUUGUCUUGAAUAAUCUGAGAGUUAUUGAAGAAUGUUAGUAGUAGUUGGUUGUUGCUUUGAUUUUCAUUGUUGUAAGAGUAAAUGUUUCAUUGUUCAUUGUAAUUAUCAUUCACAUUAGUAUGCUAGAUGCACAAUGAUUUAAUUUAAGCUGAAGAUAUACCACCCAUACUUAACAAAGAUACUUAACCAAGAAUAUACACAUUAUGAAUAGUGUAAGUCCAGCAGUUUUAAACUUACUGAGUAGAGAUAAUCAAAAUUAUUGUGCUUGUGUUCUUAGGAUAAAUGUGUACAUUUUUCUGGGAAGAUUAGAGUAUAUCCAGUAAAUAUUUGAGAUUUUGAUGGUCAUUGCUAUUAUGAUACAAAAGAUUGUAAUGGUUGGCUUAAAUAAUUAUCAAAUAAAUAAUUAUUCAAUGUGAUAAGUUUGUAAAUUAUAGGUAGUAGGUUGGUAGACAGCAACCACCCAGGGAGGUACUACCAUCCUGCCUCGUGAGUGUAAAACGGAAGCCUGUGAUUGUUUUACACGAUGGUAGGAUUGCUGGUGUCUUUUUUUUUCUGUCUUAUACACAUGCAAGAUUUCAGGUAUGUCUUGCUACUUCUACUUACACUUAGGUCACACUACACAUACAUGUACAAGCAUAUAUAUCCACACCCCUCCUGGUUUUCUUCUAUUUUCUUUCUAGUUCUUGCUCUUGUUUAUUUCCCCUUACCUCCAUGGGGAAUUGGAACAGAAUUCUUCCUCCGUAAGCCAUGCGUGUUGUAAGAGGCGACUAAAAUGCCGGGAGCAAGGGGCUAGUAACCCUUUCUCCUGUAUAUAUAUUACUAAAUGUAAAAGGAGAAACUUUCGUUUUUACUUUUGGGCCACCCCGCCUCGGUGGGAUAUGGCCGGUGUGUUGAAAGAAGAAAGAAAUUUGUAAAUGUAUGUUUAGGUUACGAGUCUACAAUGUAAACAUCUUGGAACUUAUUCUAAUCCUCUUGGCUAUAUUCACAAUCUUUUAUUCUUGAUAAUCUUGUCAGGGAAAUUCUUCUUUCAACAAACCAGCCUUAUCCCACCGAGACAGGGCAGCCCAAAAAGAAAAACAAGUUUCUCUUCAUAACUUUAGUAAUGUAUACAGGAGAAGGGGUUACUAGCUUCUUGCUUCCAGCAUUUUAGUCACCUCUUACAACACUCAUGGCUUACGGAGGAAGAAUUCUGUUCCACUCACCCAUGGAGUCAGGGAAAUUCUUUUCACAUACAGUAUUCCCACAUUUUGAUGCAAAUGACAUUUAAAAUUGACUUUAAUACUAUUAAUUUUACCUCACUGGUCAUCUACCAAGGCAGGGGACUCAAACAAGGAAACACAUUCACCAUCAUUCAUCCAGUCACUGUCUUGCCAGAAGUGUGCUGAUAUCCCAAUUCAGAUAAACUUUAUAAAAAUGCAUUUUAUGUUGUAAUUGGGCAGUAUAACUGCCUGGUGCCAUAAUUGAAAGGAAAGUUGUCUUCCCACAUAAAUGGAGCAGGAACAAAUAUAUAAGUCUGAACCAAAUAUGCUGAUAAUUUUUUCUCUUCCCAGCUGAUGUGUCCUCAGUUUUGUCUCAAUUUACAGUUGUUCAGUUUUUUUUGACCAGUUUUUUAAAAAAAAAUUAUUUGAAAGGAUUAAAUUAUUUACAAUGUUGAAAAGCACUCUUAAUAUACUGUACAUGGUGUUGCUACAAUAUUUGAGUACCUUUAUCUGUGGGAGUUUAUGCUGUAGACCAAAUUAUAUUUAACCAAACUCAUUAUUUCUUAAUACACUUUAUAUAAACAGUAUUUUCAUAGACUGACUUUAUACAGUUCAUAACAUUUUCCUUAAAGCAAUAACAUAAAACUUGAAAAAAAAAAGACUAUUUUGAGACAUUAACAAAAUUAACAGCCUCCCUUACCCUUAGUUUAAAAAUCUGAUCCUAGGAAACGAGUACAACAUUACUUUCUCAAACACUAAGUUUUAGAGUUUUUUCCUCUUGUUUUUGCUCCAUUGUACUGAAAUGACUCCUAAACAUUUCUCUAAUUGCAAAAUAUUAGUAGAUAAAAAUGAUUGAAAGUAAUUUUUUAAUUAAAUAAAUUAUCCAGAACAUUCCCUAUCUUAAGGGAAUUUGUGUAAUGAUUUUUUUUAAUUCAUCACAAGCACACCGUCACCCCCUCACAUGUAUCAUUUAUAAACAAAUAACUUGUUACCUCUCUUCUGUCUCCACUAGUAUAUGGCACCUUCCUACACUAUUCUUCACAAUCACCUCUGCUCUUCACUGUGCUACACUAACUCUACCACAACCCCUCACAGCCACUCAUCAAGAUGGAGGAAGGCAGGAAAGAUUAGGCAGAUGGAGGAAGGUAGAUAAGAUUAGGCAGAUGGAGGGAGGUAGGGAAGAUUAGGCAGAUGGAGGGAGGUAGGGAAGAUUAGGCAGUUGGAGGGAGGCAUUUGUAUUUAACCCUUAAACUGUCAAAACAUAGAUCUAUGUUUGCACCGCUGGCGCUCCGAACGUAAAUCUACUUUUUUUUUUAUAUUUGAAAGCCUGUAAAAUGAAACUUAGAUCUAUGUUCGGAGCGCUAGCUGUGCAAACAUUGAUCUACGUUCGGAGCGCUAGCUGUGCAAACGUAGAUCUAUGUUCGGAGUGCUAGCAGUGCAAACAUAGAUCUACGUUUGGAAAUUUAAAAGUUUUUUCCUUUGUUGGUUGUAAUCCUGUAUCAGUGGCAAAAAUUUUGUUCAGAUAAUUUAUGGUAGAUAAUGGUGAUUGAGUAAACCUGCUCUCUUCACUACAAAACUUGUGUCAUUCACUUGUUGCCCUUCACUUGCAGGAGCCACCUGGACUCUGCUGUAGUAUUUGUAAUUAAUUCAAAAUACAGCAUAUCACUUUCUACCUCUCAUGGGUUUGGCAUUUCUAUUGUUUCAUUAAAAAUUAGUGACUGACUGUAAGUGUGAAAGACAAUAGAAUGUUGCUGCCUUUCCAUACGUUUUGGAAUACUGGAAUUUCCUCCGGACUGCUGUCUCAUGUAGUGAGGAUCUUGAAGGAUUUUGAUACAAGGAAUUGAAGCUACCUUCCUUUCCUUAGACUAAAUCUAAUUCUCUCUCAUUCUACAGUCACUGUAUGACCCAUACAUAUGUAACAGUUUUCCAUGAAUGCAGUGAUAAUAUUGUUUUUGCAUUCUUGUGUAUACACAAGACGAAAGGGAAAAGUCCAACAAUCUUGCCUGAGUGCACUGCGUUUAACAUGCAUGUGUUGCACUUAAUUUUUAUUUUUAUGCACACUGGUCAUUUUCCACCAAGGUAAAAUGAUCCAGAAAAGAAGAAACACAGUUACCAUCUCUCACACCAUCACUGUCUUGCAAUAGGCAUGCCGAUUAUGCACUUAAAAACUGCAAAUAUCCCCACCCCUCCUUCAGAGUGCUGGCACUGUACUUCCCACCUUCAGGACUCAAGUCUGGCUACUCAUAUGAUACAGUAUUACCUUCAUGGAUGGUUGUAGUGUGUCAGACUGUUACCUAUUGCAUGAGAUUUUGGAGAAUGUCUAGCAGGAAUUGUUGUAAUGAUUGCCAGAUGUAAGCAACGUAGCCAGAGCAAACACUAGUUGUAGAGUGAACCAGAACUUGUAACUAUAAUGCAAUACCUGUGUAAGCUGGAAGACAGGUGCACUUGAAGUUGUUGAACUUGUUUCAGCAUUAAACACUUUUUAAGCCUUGCCGUAAGUAAGUAAAUGAGAGAGAGAGACGCUGGUGGCUCUGGUGUACAUAGUUGGCGAGUCUGGUCGAUAUAACUAGUGGCAGCUAAUUUGAAAAGAAUGUACAGAAAUCAUUAAAUGAAAUUCAAUGCUGCUCUUGUAAGUAUGUCAUGAACAGCACCAUAGAAACUGUACAAGAAAUUAUAUUGUCUACUAAACUUGAGUUACGGUUACAUUCAAAUAAGUAGACAUCCAGUUAAAGUUUACCUGCCAGGUAAAACAUAUAAGCAAGUGUGUGUCCUACAACUUGUGUUACUGAUAUAUGCUGCAGUAAGCAGUUGGGGUAUUAAUUUUGUUUUCUGUAUAAAUCACCAGUGAAAAUUAUGUGUCUUUGAUUUCAAUCAUUUCUCUGUAAUCAAAUUAGCUCUUAAGUUUUCAGGACAAAAAUUUAAGGUUUCUGGAAAUGCAUUUCAGAUGCAAAACAUUAUUAGGUUCAUUCUGAGUACAGUCAACCCUUGCUUAAUAAACUAGAUAGGAACCAGACAAAAUGUUUGUGAAAAAUAUAUUUUGCCAAUAAUAUUUCUCCCAUAGAGACCCAUGUUAUAAUUGGAGAUGCAGACUGGGACAAUAAUAAGCUGUAUCUAAUUCAUAUUACCUUUUUAAUGAUGAAAUUAAAAAAAAAUGUACUUACCAUAGUUGGGUCCAUUGUUGGACAUAUGUACAGUACAGUGGUAUUCCUUGAAGCCAGCAUCAGUACAUUGGUGGAGAGAGGGAUGGAGGGAGGGAUGGUGGGAGGGAUGGUGGGAGGGUUCGGUGGGAGGGAGUUAGAUAAGAGGGUGGGAUGGUUGUGUAGUACUUUAGUCUAGGUCAGACAAACAAUGACACACACAGUCUUAUGCCUUUCACGUGGUUUCUCGUGAAUUCUAAAGAGUCCAAACAAUAACUGCUGAAAAGAGUCUGCUAUUCUUGGUAAGUAGGCCACCAUGGUAACUAGCAGUCACCAUGGUAGCUAGUGGCCACCAUGGUAGCUAGUGGCCUUCAUGGUAGCUAGUGGCCACCAUGGUAAAUAAUGCCACCAUGCUAGCAAGCAGCCACCAUGGUAGCUAGUGACUGCCACAAUAGCUAGCAGCCACCAUGGUAACUAGUGACUGCCACAAUAGCUAGCAGCCACUAUGGUAGCUAGUGACUGCCACAAUAGCAGCUAGUGACUGCCACAAUAGCUAGCAGCCACCAUGGUAGCUGACUGGCCACAUACUACUCGUGUGUGUUCAUUUCUUCUUGAUGACUGCAUGGCAUAAGGUCUAUAUGAGCUAGGAUAUGGUUGUUAAGCAGAGGAAUUUGGAGUUUCUUCGAUGGUUAUUUGAAAUUACGUUGUGCAGGUGUUCCUUAAGUGGGGUCAACCACACUUUAUUCCUUACAUUAACAUAUGUUUGUUUAAAAAUAAGGAACCUUCAAAAUUUACGAUAAAUUUAAUUAGUAGCAAACUGAGCAUUAUAUGAGAAAAUUUAUAUAUUUUUCCUAACAUUUAUUGUACAGAUGUUAAGAUUUCACUGUUCUCCAAGCUGGUUUAUUGUUCACAUGUAUUUACUAUACCUUUUAUUUCCUUCAUCAAAGUAACUGGUGAAGGAUAAGAUUAUAAUGUAUACAUUUAUACAAGGAAACUGCCAAUUAAAAUAAAAAAUCUCUGGUGCAGUAGUAAAAAAAUUGAUCACUUCGAUAAAGGCUGUGGCCGAGGGCCCUACUUGAAGUAUAACCCCGGAGUUGUGGGAAAUGUGCUUAUAUAUGUAAGAGCACCAUGUAUAUUAUUACUAAAUAUGCACAUACAGUCAGUUUGAAUGCAGUUGGUUUACAUUUUUUUGUAAUGUGAUUGAGAAUACAGCCUCUCCUCACUUAAUAACAGAGUCCUGUUCCGAAGACAAUGUCGAUAAAUUAAUUCGUUGCUAAGUGAGGAGCAUACUAUAAUGGCAGUGGGUUUGUGUCAACAUUUCUGGUAUAUUUUUAAAUGUUUAUAAAGUAGUGUACUGUAUAUUGUAAUAAACAGAAUAGAGGAAAUCAGCUCUAAUAUACAUUAUUUAGGCAUGCAUACUGGUCAGAGAGCCCGUCAUAAGUCGGAGGCUUUGGUAAAUGAGUACAUCGCUAAGUGAGGAGAGGCUGUAUUAUAAAUACAUAUUAGGUUUAGCACAUUUUUUGUGAAUAGUGUGUUCAACUGAGGUUUAUAUGUUAAAAUUAUUGACAUUGUUGAGACAUUUCUGCUUAGACUUUGUAAUUGAGUUCUUUGAAAUGGUUUAUCUUAAUAGUGUCUAUAGAUGAAUUAUACCAAUUUUCAUUGUAAUCAUGUUUUGUAACUUCUCAAGUUUGGUGUACAAGUUAAAUUCUGAUAAUAAAUUAUAUUUUUAAAUUAUAAUACUGUAUUCUGUGAGCAGUCUGUGUACUUAACUUGAAAUUUUAUUCUGGGCUAUUGAUUUUUUUUUUUACCCUUGUGCUGUAUAUUAAUACCUUGGUGUAAAUAUUUAUAUAAGAGUACAGUAUUUGUAAAAUCCUGUUAUAUUCAUACAACGUGUAUGUAUGGUUUGUGAUGUUUGGUUUUCGAUUGAUUAUGCCAAAUGUUUUAUGAUCUCAAAUGUCCUGAAAAGUAAAUGAGGAUAUAUUCAGGUUUACCCGAUAUUGAAGUGUCGCUUCUAGAUACUGUUUACUUAUGCACACGUUUUUGUAAAAUGUAAAUAUGAUGUAUAAUAUGUACAGUUGUAUAUUUUUUGUGUACAUAUAACUUCAUAGGCUAAUGAAAAUAAAUCAAAAUUAUUA